AGGGCCCUUCUUUCACAACACUCAAGAGAAGGAUAAAUAGCGGAAUAAAGCAAAGCCGCAGCCCUUGGAACACUGCAAACUCUUCUUAGCCAACUUAGCCAUGAGGAGGAUAUUGCCUGCCCUCUGCCUCUGUCUGAUGGUGGUCUGGCUUCGAGCUGCUGCACAGCCUCAUCCCCACCGGGACCAUGGCCAUAGAAGCCUCAGAGAUUGGCCUCCCCAGGAUAGUCAGGACCCAAAAGAACUCCUACCGUACCACCAGGUGGCCACCAGCAAUGCUGACUUUGCCUUCCGCCUGUACAAGCAACUGAUUUCAGAAAGGCCAGACAAAAACAUCCUCCUCUCUCCGCUGAGCAUCUCCACCACACUGGCCAUGCUGUCUCUGGGGGCCCGGUCCACCACCCUGACUCAAAUCCUGGAGGGUCUCCGCUUCAACCUCACCCAGAUCUCAGAGAGGGAGAUCCAUGAGGGUUUCCGGCACAUUCUCCGCAAGAUCAACCUGCACGACCACAACUUCAAAACACACCUUGGAAAUUCUCUCUUUCUGGAUGAACGACUGACGCCUAUGGAGGAGUUCCUGGAAGGCAUCAAGGAGCUGUAUGCUGCCGAGGCUUUCCUGACCGACUUCCAGGAUGCAGCCGGAGCAGAAAAGCAGAUCAAUGAUCACGUGAGAAAAGAAACCCAUGGGAAGAUUGUCGACUUGGUACGAGGGCUCGAGAGAAACAGUGCGAUGUUGCUAGUGAAUUAUAUUUAUUUCAAAGCUAAGUGGCAGAAGGCUUUUGAUGUCAAACAAACAACAGAACAAGACUUUUUUGUGAACGAGAAGACCGUCGUUCGCAUCCCUAUGAUGAAACAGAAGGAUGUGUAUCACUACUAUUUCUAUGAUAAGUGGUUAUCUUGUUCUGUGCUGAGAAUGGAUUACAAAGGAAAUGCUUCAGCAUUUUUUAUUCUUCCCGAUGUAGGGAAGAUGAGGGAGGUGGAGGACUCUUUGCAGGCAGAGAUGCUGAUGAGAUGGGACAGAUCCUUCAAACGAAGUUCCUGGUUUUCCAGAAAGCUUGAAUUAUAUUUUCCCAAGUUUUCCAUUUCCGGACAAUAUGAACUAGAGAAGAUCCUUCCACACCUGGGCCUCCAGGACUUGUUCACAGAGGAGGCUGAUUUCUCCGGCAUCACCGAGCAGAGCAGGCUGAGAGUUUCCAAAGGUGUUCACAAAGCCGUGCUGGAUAUCGGAGAGGAGGGAACUGAGGCAUCGGCGGCCACCAGUACUGGGACUGUAUUCCUUUCAGCUCCUAAGAUAACUCGGACUGUUUUGUUCAACCGGCCUUUCCUGGUGGCAAUCGUUUCUACAGACACCCAAAGCCUCCUCUUUCUGGGGAAGGUUGUCAACCCCAAAGACCAGUAAUGUGCCUGAGGAGCUCUGUGGCACACAAUGGAUUGGUCAUAGAUUUUGGUUCAAAGAUUCUCAGUUGCUUUGUCUCUGGGGGUUGGUGGCAGGGUAGCUGGGUGGGGAGGAAAGGAGAGGAGGAGGGAGAGAGUAGGGGGAGCUCAAUGCAGCUGGAAGAGCAGCAGAAGAUGAAGGAACAGGCCUCAGUUGCUCCAUAGUUAGCUUACAUGUCCUCCUCACCUCUGGUUUCCCCACAUUCACAGAAGCGUAUGAUGGGGUGCGAUUGGGGCACAGCUAGACCCAUUCACUUUCCCAGAGACCCAAAGCCAUCUGAGCAACUCCACUUCAAGACCCAGAUCCAUGCCGGCCUCUGACUUGGCCUGGAGAUCCUGGGGAAGCCUCUUGGCUUGUCCAAGCCUCAGUCCAAGGGAAAUGAAGAUCUUUGGUGUGCUUGGAAUCAACGGGAGAAGAGACUGAUUGAUCGCUGUCUUGGGGAGGCCCUUUUCCUGCAUAAAAUGCUUGCAGCCACAAGAAUUUGGUGAUUGCGGAGGGCUUUCAUGAGUGAUGCAAUAAAUUACCAUGAUGGAGUAAAA